AUGAGCCAAAACCAACAGGAGCAACUUUCCAAAAAGAAGAAGCUCAAGUCAUUUGGGAAGAAUCGUCGUGAGCUCAAGUCUGGCACAACAUACGAUGAGAAGGGUAACUGGGUUGGCGUGCAGCAUCAGGAUGCGAUGCGGCAGCUUCCCUGUCCUUCGCUGGACCGCUACUACCGUGACCUCCAACAACUUCGCACACAUGAAGAAUGGGACACCGAAAUGGCGCUCUUUCGCCAACAGCUUCCAACAACAAUUUGGAUAAACGACACGGACCCACUCGCGGGGGAUGUUCGUCGCUACUUUGAGGCGCUGGACCGCACACUCGUGGAGCCGAUCCCGUGGUACCCAAUCACCGGCAUGGCGUGGAGGAUUCUCGCUGGCAAGACGGAGUUCCGCAAGCGGCCGGAGAUGCAGGCGCUGCGGCGUUUUCUCAUACAGCAGACGGCAUUGGGGACCGUCUCGCGACAGGAGGAAGUGUCGAUGCUGCCGCCGUUCCUGCUGGACAUUCAGCCGACGGACAAGUGCCUGGACAUGUGCGCCUCGCCGGGCUCCAAGACGGCGCAGAUGCUUGUCGCAUUGGGGCGGCACAAGGCUGUGCCGGCCAACUCCGACGCCUCGCCGUUCCCGUUUGACUAUGAGAGCGAGGGACUUGUAAUCGCCAAUGACCUUGACACAAAGCGGGCCAACAUGCUGGUGCACCAGGUGAAGCGGCUUCGGCUUCUUUUCCCCUUCGCGCUCUUUACAAACCACGACGCACGAUUUUUUCCCGUCGUGAAUCUAUCAUCAUCAUCAUCAGCACCAGCAUCGUCGCCGCUGCUGCCGGGAAGCGAUGGUGGAGAGCUGCGCUUCGACAAGAUUCUCUGUGACGUUGUUUGCUCCGGCGACGGCACCAUCCGCAAGGCGCCACAUAUCUUUAAGAUCUGGUCGCCGAGGGAGGCCAUCAACCUGCAGAAGACACAGAUACAAAUCGCGAUGCGUGCCUGUCACCUGCUGCGGGUGGGCGGCCGCCUGGUGUACAGCACGUGCUCCAUGAACCCCAUUGAAAACGAGGCGGUGGUGGCGCAGAUUGUGCACCGCACCCGCGGUGCAAUGAAGCUUGUCGAUGCACGUGCCCUACUACCGGCGCUGAGGUGCGCGCCCGGGCUCCAGCGGUGGGAAGUGACGAACCACAAGGGGGAUGUCAUGCAGGCGCCGUGUGGCGAGGCGCACGAGGCCCUCUUCCCACCGAACACGCCAGGAGCAUACACGUCGGAAGCAGUGAAUGCGUUGGACCUUCGCUUGUGCAUGCGGCUGUUCCCGUCGCACUGCAACGGUGGUGCCUUCUUUAUUGCGGUGCUGGACAAGGUUUCGGAGUUCCGCCUGCAGAAACGUGAGGAGAGCACACUAGCAGUGAUUGAUGGCGACAACAACAAUGCCGCUAGCACCACAAGCGACAGGAGGGGCACAGAGGUGGAGAAGCGGAGGCGGACUGAAGGGGGAGAUGAAGCCGAAGUAACAGAAAGCAUCACUCCCACCAAGAAGGUUCCGCCCAUUUUCCUUGCGGCACCGGCGCCUAUCACGGAUGCAGUGGAGGGCUUCUAUAAGAUAAAAGGUUUCCCGACGCAGCAGCUAGUCGUGCGCACCCCCAAUGGUCAGCGCGAAUUGAACCUUUCAGUCAGUUCAACGUGCUCCAUUGUGUCUCGCACGGCGCGAGAGGUUCUGCAGCAGAAGUCGGAUUCACUUCUCGUGGUGUCUGCAGGUCUUCGCGUGUUUGCCCAUGAAAACCUUGACGGUGGGUGGCGUAUUGCAAGUGAAUCGGCUGUGCUAUUUGCCAAGUUGAUGCAACAUUCGCCACGGUUGCUACGAGUUCCGGUGAGUUUUGUCGAGCAGCUCCUUAAGGGCGGUAAAUUGAAGGAUGUCCUCUUCACCGACAUUGAGGAUGAAGCUUUGCGGGCGCGUCUGGAGUCGAUGGAUAUUGGCACGGUGUUGCUGGAGAUUGUCAGUCCUGCUGCUGUCGGUGGGGUGUUCUAUUCCGUCGCCCUUCGAGCACGGACACGAAUGCAGCUGCUGGUCGACCACGAGGACGUUGUGGGGCUGAAGCUGCGACUGGGAAUCGCCGUUGAUACGCCGAUGGACGAGCCUGCUGUUGCAGACUGA